AUGGUUAAUAGCUGUGUGGCGGCAAAUUGCACGAAUAAGUCAUGUCUUAGUUCCGGUAUAAGUCUCCACACAAUACCCUACUUUAAUGACAAUCGACCUGAGGCCAGGAGAAGAAGAAAAAUAUGGGUUGACUUCGUCAAAGCAAAACGGGUCUUUGAACCUUCGAAGACGUCGGCCCUUUGUUCGGCACAUUUUACGCCCGAGGAUUUCGAGCGAAGCUUUGCUAUUUUGCCUGGUCAAACAAAGCCGAAUUACCAGAAGCUAAAGAGCGAUGAUCUAGGGGUUUGUGUUUAUCCCAGCAUACAUGCUGUGGCGGUGAAAAGCUCCAGUGAACUGGUCGUACAAAGUGCUAGAGAUAGACGCAUGAUGAUAAAAAGUAUGCAGCAAGGAAAGGCAUGUCCAUCUGAAGCAUCAGGGUUGGCAAUGGGUAUUCAGUGUAAGAAAAGAAAGCUUGAGACAAAGGAAAGGCCUAAUGAAAUUAUUAUGGAUGAGCCAGUAAAUGUAAUUAUUAUGUUCCAACAUGUUCAGAAUUCCUCAGAAACAAGAGGAAUGAAAAAUCUUCAAGAAAGCAACCGAAGACUGAAAAACAGAAUAGUUUCUUUGCAAACAUCUGCACAAGGAAACAAAUACAAAGUGAAGCAACUUAGACGCAAAGUAAGCCAGCUUGAAGAACGUUUGGAGGGAAAGUUGAUGUUUGAAGAUAGCAGUGGGAAGGAGCAAAGUGAAAGGGGGGCAGAGGUGAUUGAAGAUGACAACUUAGACAGCAAUGAUGAAGGGGAAAUCAUGGAAGAAGCAGAUGAUGAGUAUGAUCCUUUCUAUGAGGGGGAGAAUGCUAACAUUGAAGAUGAUGAAGAAGAGCUUAUUGAAGAAGAUUCAGAGUUAUUGCAAGUUACUGGGAAUCUGCGGACAGAACCCAAACACAUUGUGUUUCUCUCACAACUGUUGCUACUUUUUAAUUUUUGCCACGCCUGCAAGACUGAAAAUCCAAUAGUUGAAGCUAAAACUGUUGGGUCUAAUGUCAUAAUAAAAACAACUUGCCAUAACCCAAAAUGCCCUGAAGAAACUAAAACAUGGCAAAGUCAACCACCAAUGCCUGGAUAUCAAAACCCGUGCUGGAAAUUUUUAUUGUGCAUGGCAGUACUGCUUAGUGGUGGAUCAUUCACCAAGUUGAGACAAACUUUCUUGAACAUGGGUAUUGGAUGUGUCUCUCACAGUACUUACUUUCAUUAUCAGCGGACUGUGCUGUUCCCCACCAUCUAUCUGUACUGGAAGAAUUAUCAAUCAAAGUUGUUGGAAAAGGCAAAGCAAAUAAAAGAUGGUGUGGUCCUUGCAGGGGAUGGGCGGCAUGACAGCAUGGGUCAUUCAGCCAAGUUCUGUGCAUACACAAUUUUUUGUUGCACAUUUGCAAAGAUCAUUCACUUCAAUAUUGUGCAGAGAAACCAGGCCGGAAGUAGUCCAGCAAUGGAGUUCAUGUCGUUUAAAUUAUGCAUGGACUACCUUCUUACAUCUGCUGUUCCCAUUACCACAUUCAUCUCUGACAGGCAUACCUCAAUUGCAAAAUAUAUGCGGCAAGAUUUAAAGAAUAUCAUACACUAUUUUGAUGUAUGGCACUUGAAAAAAAAAAUUAGGAAAGUGCUUUCCAAAAUUGCCAAAGAGAAGGACUGCGAGGCAUUACACGAUUGGAUCAGGCCAAUUGAGAAUCACCUGCAUUGGAGUGCCACCUCGACAUUUGAUGGGAAUGGCCUUGUUAUAUUGGCCAAAUUCAAGUCAUUCCUACAACAUAUUGUAAACAUGCACUCAUGUCACAGUAACCCGUUGUUUGCAAAAUGUGCCCAUGGUAGUAGCAUUCCAGAUAGAAAGUGGCUGACCGUUGAUUCACCCCUUCAUAAAAAGAUUUGCAAUGCUUUGACAAACAAACGACUGGUAGAUGGGAUCAAACAAGCUUCUCCAUUAGAACAAACUAGCUGUUUGGAGGGCUUUCACAGUGUUUUAAAUCAUUUUGCCCCCAAAAUGAUUGCAUACUGUUAUGCUGGACAGUAUUGCAGGCAUAUUUUAGCUGUUGUGCACUUUAACAACAACCUCAGGAGAGAAAUCAAAACAAAUCCUGACCAAUCAGAAAGAGUCAAAAUUAGCUACCCAAAGUUUAAAAAUGGGGAGGCCAUAAUUCGAAAUGUUACAGUUGCACAGAAUUUUGGAUAUGUGCAAGACAUUUAUGAGAAUUUUCUGUCAGCUAGCAAGAGGGACAUGGCUGAUGCAAUGGUAAAGCUGAAAGAAAUGCCCGCCUCAAUGAAUUCAAUGCUUACUAAGCAAACAAAGCAAGAAGCAUUGAAGAAAAAGUCUGACAGGAUGCAAAUCACUGUCCAACAUUUUCAACCCAGUAUUCCAGUGUUACAAUAUCAAGAACAGUUGAGGAGAGACAACAGUAAAGCAAGUACUGGUGAUGUGACACCCAGACAUUGCAGAACAUGUGGACAACCAAUGAGGGGUCACAAAAAUGUCAAAGAUUGUCCAAAAAACUAUAGCUAAAGGAGCAUCAACCUACCAAUUUAGUUUUCACCUGUCCAUAAAAUUAUAAGCAAUACCUCUUUUAAGAUCUAUAUUUUACAACGCACUCUCACCCCAGCUUUUUUUUACAUUUUUGCAUUCUUUAUACAUCUUGGAAAAUUUAACUAAUCUGAAUCAUCAGAAUAUCCAGUAAAAUUUUCUUUAUCAAC